GUAUGUUGGCCGCAUUAUCGUUUCAUUGUACAAAUGGGACGGGGCGAUUCCAUCAGUGUUGACAGUUCAUUGUUUGUGAUUCACUAUUCAUAACCUCAAUUGUGAUACUUUGAUUCCCUGUUUUGGUUUUUCAUUUUCGGCAGUUCCCAGGAUCCCAGAUGUCCUGGACAAUUACGUAAAAUGUCUGCAGUAACUGAUGAUGAAGAAACUGUAACAGCUGACUCAGAUGUUGAUGUUGCAAUAGCAACUACAAUUAAUGAAUCUCAAGGAAAAAAAGAUUCUAAUACUCAGACAAAACCAAAAGAUGCAAGUGAUAAGGAAUAUACACCUGAGCAGAAAAUUGUAUCAGCAGUUUGGAUGCAUGAAAGGGAAUUCAACUUACAUUCAAUGGAGAAGAUUAAACAGAACUUCAAAACACGGUUUGGUAUUGAAGCACCAGAUCCUUCUGUACUUGAGGUGUGGGAGAAAAAAUUAUUUGAGCAUGGGUAUAUAGACAAACCCACUUCAUCAGAUAGAGAAAUGAGUGAAGAAGGGAGUGAUGAAGAUGGAAGUGAUGAUAAUUCAGAUGAAGAAUCUGAAUAAAUAAAGAGCUCCAAAGCUUUACUUUAUAAGUGAUGGAUCAUUAAUGUGCUAAAAACACCUUGUCCUGUUCCACUUUAUUGCAUAAGAUUCAAACAAGGAGCUUAAAGCAAACAUUUUGCGCAACAUUCGCCAUCUAACCACUCCCG